AUGUCCUUUUUUCUAUGUCCUUUUUUUGUCUAUUUUAUGUCCUUUUUUCUAUGUCCUUUUUUUUUGUCCUUUUUUAUGUCCUUUUUUUCUGUCCUUUUUCAAACCUUUUUUUCAUGUCCUUUUUCCUUUUUUUUCUAUAUGUCCUUUUUUUGUCCUUUUUUCUAUGUCCUUUUUUUCUAUGUCCUUUUUUUUUUUUCUAUGUCCUUUUUUCUAUGUUUUUUUUUUUCUUUUGUCCUUUUUAAAUGUCCUUUUUUUUAUGUCCUUUUUUCUAUGUUUUUUUUUUUUUCUAUGUCCUUUUUCUUUUUUUUCUAUGUCCUUUUUUCUAUGUCCUUUUUUCUAUGUCCUUUUUUUUUUUCUAUGUCCUUUUUCUAUGUCCUUUUUUUUAUUUUUUUAUCCUUUUUUUCAUGUCCUUUUUUUCUGUCCUUUUUUUGUCCUUUUUUCUAUGUCCUUUUUUUUUUUAUGUCCUUUUUUCUAUGUCCUUUUUCUAUGUCCUUUUUUUCUAUGUCCUUUUUUUCUAUGUCCUUUUUUUUUCUAUGUCCUUUUUUCAUGUAUUUUUUUUUUUUUUCAUGUCCUUUUUUUUUUUUUCUAUGUCCUUUUUUCUAUGUCCUUUUUUUUCUAUGUCCUUUUUUUCUGUCCUUUUUUUAUGUCCUUUUUUUCUUUUUUUUAUGUCCUUUUUUCUAUGUCCUUUUUUUCUAUGUCCUUUUUUCUAUGUCCUUUUUUUCUAUGUUUUUUUAUGUCCUUUUUCUAUGUCCUUUUUUUUUUUUCUAUGUCCUUUUUUUGUCCUAUUUUCUAUAUCCUUUUUUAUGUCCUUUUUUCUAUGUCCUUUUUUCUAUGUCCUUUUUUUUGUCCUUUUUUAUUCCUUUUUUCUAUGUCCUUUUUUUCCUUUUCUAUAUCCUUUUUCUAUGUUUUUUUCUAUGUCCUUUUUUCUAUGUCCUUUUUUCUAUGUCCUUUUUUCUAUGUCCUUUUUUCUAUUUUUUUCUAUGUCCUUUUUUUUCUAUGUCCUUUUUUUCUAUGUCCUUUUUUUUAUGUCCUUUUUUUGUCCUUUUUUUUUUUCUAUGUCCUUUUUUCUGUCCUUUUUUCUAUUCCUUUUUUGUCCUUUUUUCUAUGUCCUUUUUCUAUGUCCUUUUUUAUGUCCUUUUUCCUUUUUUUUUUCUAUGUCCUUUUUUUUGUCCUUUUUUCUAUGUCCUUUUUUCUAUGUCCUUUUUUCUUUUUUUUCUUCCUUUUUUUUCAAUUCCUUUUUCUAUGUCCUUUUUUCUUUUUUUUUAUGUCCUUUUUCUAUGUCCUUUUUUUCUAUGUCCUUUUUUUCUAUGUCCUUUUUUUUAUAUCCUUUUUUUCUAUGUCCUUUUUUUUUCCUUUUUUCUAUGUUUUUUUCCUUUUUUUUUUUCUAUGUCCUUUUUUCUAUGUCCUUUUUUUCUAUGUCCUUUUUUCUAUGUCCUUUUUUUUUGUCCUUUUUCCUUUUUUUUUAUGUCCUUUUUUCUAUGUCCUUUUUCCUAUGUCCUUUUUUUCUAUGUCCUUUUUUCUAUGUCCUUUUUCUAUGUCCUUUUUUUAUGUCCUUUUUUAUGUCCUUUUUUCAUUCCUUUUUUAUAUGUCCUUUUUUCUAUGUCCUUUUUCUAUGUCCUUUUUUUCCUUUUUUUUUAUGUCCUUUUUUCUAUGUCCUUUUUGUCCUUUUUCUCCUUUUUUCUAUGUCCUUUUUUCUAUGUCCUUUCCUUUUUUUUUCUAUGUCCUUUUUUUCUAUGUCCUUUUUUAUGUCCUUUUUUUCUGUUUUUUUUUUUUCUGUCCUUUUUUUUCUAUGUCCUUUUUUCUAUGUCCUUUUUUUCUAUGUCCUUUUUUUCUAUGUCCUUUUUUUCUAUUUUUUUCUAUGUCCUUUUUUUCUAUGUCCUUUUUUUCUAUGUCCUUUUUUUCUAUGUCCUUUUUUUCUAUGUCCUUUUUUUCUAUGUCCUUUUUUUCUAUGUCCUUUUUUUCUAUGUCCUUUUUUUCUAUGUCCUUUUUUAUGUCCUUUUUCUAUGUCCUUUUUUCUAUGUCCUUUUUUUCUAUGUCCUUUUUUCUAUGUCCUUUUUUUCUAUGUCCUUUUUUAUGUCCUUUUUUCUAUAUCCUUUUUUCUAUGUCCUUUUUUCUAUGUCCUUUUUUCUAUGUCCUUUUUUUAUGUCCUUUUUUCUAUCCUUUUUUCUAUGUCCUUUUUUUCCUUUUUUCUAUGUCCUUUUUUUGUCCUUUUUUCUAUGUCCUUUUUUUCUAUGUCCUUUUUUUCUAUGUCCUUUUUUUCUAUGUCCUUUUUUUCUAUGUCCUUUUUUUCUAUGUCCUUUUUUAUUUAGGUCAUUGGAAAAAGAAGCGAUCAAUGUUAUCAUUCUCUACAUCUCUCACCUGCCAUACAGAUUACAUGGCAUAUUGAAAAUCCAGCAACUAAGAGGAGAUUUAAUUUUGAGAUUGUUGGUCCAUUUGAAUGUUGCUGAAGCUCCCCAUUUCUAUAACUUGGCCCCAUUAGAAGCGACAUUGUUAUGUCUCAUGCACAUCACAGCAAGACCUGGUUGGAGUAGAGAAUGCACAGAAAUUGAGUGUUCUGACCUUUGCUUGCAGCUUUUGCAAUGUUUAUUGGAGGUUGUAUCUGCAUUCCAUAUUGGGCGUGGUGGAACUGUAAUGUCCUAUAUGGGGAGAGGUGUCACCAAAUCAGCUACUCUGUGUUUGAGACACCUUGCUUUUGAAAUGGCCACUUAUUCAAAGAACAAAGAAUGGCCCGAAAAUUGGUUAUACUUGAAACAAGAAAGUCAAGCUUUAGUGGAAACUGGCUUGAAUUGGAUGUUGACCCUUUGGCCUUACAGAGAUCCUGAAGUCAGAUGUGCUGGGUUAGGCAUUGCUGUAGCUUUAAGUUCUUGUAAAGUAGGACAGUCAAUGAUCAUAGCCAACUGCCAACAUAUCCCAGGUGGCAUCUGGGCUGUUGCAUUUAGCAUCCUGCUUGAUCAUAUGGAGAGCAGUUUUGUUCGACAACAGGCUGCUUAUCUCCUUGUGAAUUUAACAUCCCAAGAAUAUUUCAGCUGUGAUACCAAUGCAAAUCAAGGCUCAAAUGCUGAUGAUUCUCAGUAUCAGGCAUCUUCAUUUGGCCUUGCAGCUUUAACAGCUUUACUCCGACAAUGUGAAUUUUAUCAAUCUUUGGUACAGCUCCUAUCAAUGUAUUACUCAAACCCAACUCUCUAUCCAUUGACAACAAUGGAGUCUCUUAACACUUGUUUGUCUCUUUCUGGCCAAGACAACAUGCCAACAACUUCGAUUGCUGAUACUUCAAAUUCUAUUCACCCUUCACCUCGACUGAGAAUGUCUGCCACAUCUAAUGACCAGCAAGGUCAACUUUUACAAAGCAACGGUCUGGGCCUGGCUAAUCAUUCUCACAUAACACCAACAAUGAUAAACAGCCAUUUAAGUUCCUCUACAGACAGCACUCCAAAGAGUGCCACUAAUCAAGCAAUGUCUGAAUCUCACUUGACCAAUGCUAAUGCAUGUCCAAGCGUUGUAACUCCAUCUUUGAUCACAGCAACUUGCCAUUUGCUUCACAAUCUUGUCAUACUUUUCCCUCAGGAAACACUGGACAGUUUGAAAAAACAUUCCAUUCUGUAUUCCUUGAUUUGUCUUUUGGAUGUUGAUUUACUAAAUGAGUUAUGUGAACCUGCUGAAUUGAUUGAGCUGAAAUAUACUUCUUCAAAAGAGUUGACAGCACAGGAAUUAUUAGCCAUGCACUCUAGUCUUGUCAAACUGGUACAAAUUUGUUGCUUGAUUAGCCAAACAGUCAGGCAGGAUGUACUAAACAGUCAACAAACACUAACCACAAUUGUCCAGCUUUUACAUGUGUCACCACAAGCUUCUGAGCACGGAAAAUUGUCUUGUGAAUCUUUGCCCCAACAGAUUUUUCAUCUAUUUACGACUUUACUUCAAUUAGAAAGUCUCAAAACUUUGGAGAGUCUUGUUCCUUUAUUUGAAAUCCACUGGUCAAAUGUUUUUGGUUGCAUUGUAAAUGUUCUUCAGAGUUCAGCAAAAAAUAGUGAAGAAGAAAUAGAAAACUGUCUUGUAUUCCUGGCACACAUUUUUGCUGAGACUGGGAAAAUGGAGACAAGGUCAACAAAUGAAAAUCUUUCUGCAGCAAAUCACCUAAUCAACUUACUGGAAUCUGAGAGUCCACUUCUUUCCACUAACAGUAAUGAAAGAAAACAACAAAGUGAACAAGUGGAUUCAUGUGGGUCUGUCUUGUGUGAGUUAUUGCUGAAGAUUUAUGACACAGCAGCUUUGAAAAAGGCAGAUGAGAACUCCAUUGGUCAUAAGCAACUUGCCACCAACAGUUUGAAAUGUCUUCUAGCUGUGAGUCCCUCAGCCAAACAAACAGCACUCAAAGCUGGACUUGUGGAAAGUGUCCUUCAACAAAUGAAAGAUAUACACGCCAAAUUAAACAUGGAAUUUAUGCAACUGGGGAAGCAGGCUUCCUUCAAAAAGCAGACUGAGCCUUUAGUACAAGAAUUGGCAUGCAGCUGUGACUUGUUAAGAAACUUUGCCUAUCAAGAUGAAAAUGUGAAGUUGGCUCUUUAUGGAGGAUCUUUAGCUCAGCUUUGCCAUGUCAUAUGGAACUGGUGUUUGGCUGAUAAAAUCCUUCUUUUUUCUGUCAUCCAAUUGCUGACCACUUAUACAGCACAUUUCCCCAAAGCAUCAACUUCUAUGGCUUAUACACAUCCAGUGGCCCCCGGUGUUAACAAUGCUAUUCCAGGUCGAAGCCAGUUAAGCAACAAUUCCUUGGUCCAUUGUUUGGUCAAAUUGGUUGCAGCCAAAAGUAACAGAGAUAAUUUUGCUUUGGUCAAACAGGUUUUUGAUCUCCUUUGCUCACUGAUGGUCUCUGGAGAAUGCAGAAAUAUUUUAUGGAAGGUUAAUUUCUUGCAAGAAUUUUCACAACUGAAUCUGAAGAAUUUGUCUAAAAAGAAACACUUUCGGAACCGGGAAUCAGCAAUUGAGCUGCUAUGGCUUGAGCUGUUCACUGCACUGUCCUUCUCUAUGGAAGGCCAACAGAUGAUUCUCAAAGUUAAAGAUUCUGUGGAUUUGAUUUUGGAGUUUUCUGCUUGCAAUAAUUCCAUGCCUCAUCAAGAGAAAUCUCUGCUUGUCUUAAGAAAUCUUUGCUGCCAUUCAUCCAACAAAAACAAAUUGUUAGCUUACAACAAGUUAAUUCCCAUUCUACUUUUGUGCUUGACAAGUGAAUCAGAAACUCUCAAAAUGAUUGCAGCUUCUUCACUGUGGGCGCUCAUCUACAACAAUCAAAAGGCCAAAGUAAUGCUGAAGAAUGCCAAUAUGUUGCCCAACCUCCAAGAGACAAUGCAUUGUCUGUCUGGCCUGGUUCCAAGCUCAGAGGCAACAGUCCGUUGCCAACGAGAUAUUCAAAAUAUCAUUGAGUGCAUUUGUGAGUGA